UCUGCCAGACAGGAACCAUGUAGAUCUCUCCGGAAUGAGCCGUACGGGUUUGGAUCAUAACAUGAGACCCACAGCGCCCUAGUUUAUACCUAGUAACUAUAAUACCAAACGGCCUCCAGUUGCGAAACCGAAUUGGAUUACAGCUUUAGAACAUUCAAAUAGUAUUUUUUAUUUUUUUUAAGAAGAAGACCUGUAACACCACAGAUAAAUCUAAUAAAACAUUUCUUCUUAAAUAGGACUUGGUAAAAAUACUAGAAAUGUUACGGUAGGUAUAAAUAACUUUUUUAAUCCGGACGAGCUGGGCUGAUACCAUAUCCCGAACGAGUUGGGGUAGGAAGCGGGGAAGUAAUAGGAUUUGAUUUAUCAUUCUUUCAACCCCAUCGAAAGAAAAUGGAUAGAAGAGCAAGGGUUUAAGGGGGAAAAUCUUAUAAAACCAGCCUUCACCGUGUUUCUCAUACAAGAUGUCUGAUAUCCAUUUGUAUACCACCCAGACACCGAACGGUGUCAAAAUACCAAUCCUGCUGGAAGAGCUAGGGUUAUCUUACAAGGUUACCGAUAUCGACAUCGCCACCAACGUCCAGAGAGAGCCGUGGUUCUUGGAAAUCAACCCUAAUGGCCGUAUCCCCGCGCUCACUGACACUUUCACCGAUGGCAAGCCCAUCAGGCUAUUUGAAAGUGGUUCUAUUAUGCAGUAUUUGACCGAUAGAUACGACACUGAAUAUAAAGUCUCGUACCCGAGAGGAUCCAGAGAAUAUUACGAAGUAAAUAACUGGCUUAUGUGGCAAAUGGGAGGCCUUGGUCCAAUGCAAGGACAACUGAAUCACUUCAUUCGCUACGCACCGGAGAAGGUCGAGUAUAGCAUCAAACGGUAUAAGAAAGAAGUUCGUCACCUUUACCGAACGCUCGAGACGCAGUUGGAAUCCUCGACAUCUGGCUACUUAGUUGGUGACCGGUGUACAAGCGCGGACAUCGCGUGCUGGGGGUGGGUGGCAACAGCAAAAUGGGGUAGAAUCAAUAUGGAGGAAUUCCCGGCAUUGCAAGAAUGGGUCGAACGGAUGCUGAAGCGUCCAGGUGUCGAGAAGGGCCGCCAUGUCCCGUCCCCUCAUGUGUACGAGACGUAUCAGAUUUUAUCUGACGAGGAAAUGGACCAGCGAGCCGCUCGUUUGAGAGACUGGGUCAAGUCAUCGAUGAAUGAGGAAGCAAAGUAGCGACGUCGUCUUGAUGUUUUUCUUUUAAGAGUCUAUAGUAGAAUUUUCAGUUUCUCAUGCUCCUUUUUGCUCGAAAGUGUUAUGAGAGCUAUCUUUAUCUGGUUUGAUUGGUUAUGAAAUGAUUAUGAGGGUUACUAUACUUAAAGUCAUUCGGAACUAACUAACUAAAUAAUAUUUGGAUAUUUCGUGAUAGUAAGCAUAGAGUGUGGUAUAAUUUGACUGUAUCUCUGCUAUUAGUAAGCUUGGAGUUUGGAG